CAAAAUUUGCAACCCAACACCAAUGGCUUCUCUCAGAUUUCACCAUCUCCAUCUCACCCCUUCUUCCCCCUUUCUAAAACCCAAGAUUCAGGCACCCUUUUCACUCAAUUUCAAGCUACACGCUAAUGGCGGAUUCAACAAUCUUGCAGUUUCCAACACGACGUCGUUUCCCCAGUUGAUUGAGUCGUUGAUUGAAAGAAAGAAUUUGACUGAGGGUGAAGCAGAGGAGUGUCUUGAUUUUCUGCUGCAUGAUGCGAAUGAGGCGUUGAUCAGUGCGUUUCUUGUUCUUUUGAGGGCUAAAGGUGAAACUUAUGAAGAAGUGGUGGGAUUAGCUAGAGCCAUGAUCAAACAUUGUAAAAAGGUAGAAGGGUUAGGUGAUGCAGUGGACAUAGUUGGAACGGGUGGUGAUGGUGCAAACACCGUAAAUAUCUCAACCGGAUCAUCCAUAUUAGCAGCCGCUUGUGGAGCAAGAGUUGCAAAGCAAGGGAAUAGGUCAAGCUCAUCUGCAUGUGGAAGUGCUGAUGUAUUGGAAGAAUUGGGUGUUGCAAUUGAAUUAGACCCUGAGGGGGUGAAAAGGUGCGUGAACAAGGCAGGAAUUGGUUUCAUGAUGUCGCCAGUAUACCAUCCUGCUAUGCAAAUCGUUAGGCCCGUGAGGAAACAACUCAAAGUGAAAACCGUAUUCAAUAUCUUGGGUCCUAUGUUAAAUCCAGCACGUGUGCCUUUUGCGGUUGUUGGUGUCUACAAGGAAGAUCUAGUUCAUAAAAUGGCAAAGGCACUUCAACGGUUUGGCAUGAAGAGGGCACUUGUUGUCCACUCUGAAGGGUUGGAUGAAAUGAGUCCUCUUGGUCCAGGACUAGUCCUUGAUGUCACCCAAGAUUCAAUCAAGAAGUUCUCAUUUGAUCCAUUGGAUUUUGGGAUGCCACGUUGCACGGUAGACGACUUGCGCGGUGGUGAUUCGAAAUACAAUGCAGAAGUCUUAAGGCGUGUAUUAGCAGGAGAAAAGGGAUCCAUUGCUGAUGCAUUUGCACUGAAUGCAGCUGCAGCCCUAAUGGUGAGCGGGUGCGUAGAAAGCUUAGGAGAGGGAGUGGUUGUGGCCCGUGAGACAUUAGAAUCCGGAAAUGCGAUCAAAACCCUCGAUUCAUGGAUAGCUAUCUCCAAUAACUCCAUGAAUGUUGAAGUGAUGGCAUGAAUCUCAGUUAAUGAUUUGUGAUGUUGAAGAUAGAAACUGUUGUAGAUUCAUUUGCAGGAGGUUUGACAAACAAAUGAAGCCCCAAAUCAGUUUCUUCUUCUUCUUUUUUUUUUUUUUUUUUUUUUUUUUUUUUUAUCAGUUUUAGGGUUUCACCUUCAAAGAAGAUAGAAAAUAAUGUUGGCCUUUUUUUCUUUGUUUUUGAGUGAAACAUAUACAAUAAACCAAUGAGUUUUUUGGUUUUUUUUUUCUUAUACAACAAGAUGACUUUUAAUCAA